UUUGUCAGUGGUUUUUUUCUGUUGGCCUCUUCGGUGAAACUGGUUUCUUAACGUCUGAGUUUAGCUAGCUGACACCUGCGACGGUUUCUCCUUUAAACGCGGAAACUGUUUUACCUGCAGCAGUAAAGAUGGCGGCAGCCUAGGAGCAGUUAUUUUUAUUUGCUUGUCGUACAGUUUAUGUGGACGGAACCGGUUAUGUUGACUACCUCAGGAAAACUGCCAGAUUCGGGUUGAGUUUCUGGUAUGACGGGGACUAGAAGAUAGUAACGCUCAUUUUAGCCAAUAAACGGUGAUGACAAGCGUUUAAAAAUCAUAAACGACAGGUCAGCAUCUUAAGAUCCAGAGGUCCAUCACAGAUUUUCAAAUGAAAAUGGAGGAAAAGCACCUCUCUGGCCCAGACAACACCAGGCUGGAGGUGAUUCUUCCUCGAACAGAUUUCUUUGUGUUUAUUUUUGCAUAUUUAAUUCCUGUUUUGCACUUUGUGUUGUUUAUUUUGCAGGCCCUGAUCCAAGACGUGUACUCUGAGCUGGUGGAAGAUGCGUGUUUGGGCCUGUGUUUUGAGGUGCAUCGCGCCGUUAAACAGGGCUAUUUCUUCUUGGAUGAAACGGACCAAGACAGCAUAAAGGAGUUUGAAAUAGUGGAUCAGCCAGGAGUGGACAUAUUUGGUCAGGUGUUUAAUCAGUGGAAGAAUAAAGAGUGUGAAUGUCCCAACUGCAAAAGAUUAAUAGCAGCUUCUCGCUUCGCUCCCCAUCUGGAAAAAUGUCUCGGCAUGGGACGCAACAGCAGCCGCAUCGCUAACCGCAGAUUAGCCACCAAUAACAACAUCAGCAAAUCUGAGAGUGAUCAGGAAGAUAAUGACGACCUUAACGACAAUGAUUGGUCGUAUGGAGCGGAAAAGAAAGCCAAGAAGAGAAGGCCAGAUAAGAAUCAGAACUCUCCAAGAAGAUCCAAAUCUCUGAAACAUAAAAAUGGCGAGCUUGGGACUAGCGUUAGUUUGGAUCCCUACAAGUACAACUACAAUGCUGGCAUCAGCUAUGAAAGCUUGGGACCAAAUGAAAUCAGAUCUUUAUUAACAACACAAUGUGGGGUGAUCUCUGAGCAUACCAAGAAGAUGUGCACAAGGUCUCAUCGAUGUCCACAGCACACAGAUGAUCAGAGGAGGACCAUCAGGUUGUUACUCCUGGGACCGUCCGCGCCGACGCUUCCUGAUGCUGAUGUGGAAGGCGACAGCUUUGACAUUCCCAAUGGUCAGGCCUUACUGAGCCGCCUGCAGUGGGAGGACUUCCCUGACGUCUCCCCCACUGACUCUGCCUCAUCAAAAGCCAGCACCAAUUAUUCAGACUCCAAGAGGCCCAAAAAGAAGAAGAGGUUGGAUGUGAGCUUGAUCAGUGGAGGGGGAGGAGUAAAUAUGACUGGAGUCAGCAGCAGCAGCUGUCAGAGUAGUAUCAGCUUAUCAACCAAAAAAAAGAAGCCCAAAACAGCAGCACCUUCUGUUUCCAGCAUCUAUGAUGAAUUAAACUAGCAUGGACCUGCUUUUCAUGCACAGGUUUA